GUUAAGCCCUUGGCCUCGAAAUCCAUAUUUGUUCCCCAAUUGUGUCAAUUUCUACAUUUUUUAGGGUUCCGAUCAUCCGCCGGGAAAUUACAUACAAUGAGUUCGUCUGGUUCGACCAAGGGCGGCAGAGGGAAACCGAAGGCCACGAAGUCUGUCUCGCGGUCUCAGAAAGCCGGCCUUCAGUUCCCCGUCGGUCGUAUUGCGCGGUUUCUCAAAGCCGGUAAGUAUGCUGAGCGCGUCGGCGCCGGUGCUCCCGUCUACCUAUCCGCCGUCCUUGAAUAUCUCGCCGCCGAGGUGCUUGAGCUUGCAGGCAAUGCUGCCAGAGACAACAAGAAGAAUCGCAUUGUUCCGAGGCACAUACAGCUUGCAGUUCGCAACGACGAGGAGCUGAGCAAGCUUUUGGGUGAUGUGACCAUUGCAAAUGGUGGAGUGUUGCCGAAUAUCCAUCAAAAUCUCUUGCCUAAGAAGGCUGGAUCAGGGAAAGGCGACAUCGGGUCUGCAUCACAAGAGUUCUAAAAGUUUCUGAUCAUCAACAAAAUUUGAUACACAAGGAGGUACUUGAGAAUGAAAACGAUUAUGGUUUCAUUGCUUUGGUUUGCAAACUGUUUGAUCAUUGUGAACCGCAUAAGAUUGAAUCUUUUUGUUGGAUAUACAGCUGAAAAUUGAAAUCAUAUUGUGUUUUGCUUUCUUGUUCGUAACAAAGAUUUUGCAUUAGCAAUGCACAUUA